UGUGGGAGAGGCGGGUAUGUUUCCAUCAUGGCGGCGUCGAUUUCGGGUUAUACUUUUAGUUCUGUGUGUUAUCACAGCGCCAACAGCAACUCCGACCACGAGGGAUUUCUGUUGGGAGAAGUGAGGCAAGAGGAGACUUUAAGCAUAAGUGACUCUCAAAUUAGUACAUCAGAAUUCCUGCACAUAGUAGAGGUCCAUAAUCAUGAACCAUGUGCGCAGCUCUUUAGCUUUUAUGACUACGCAGGUAAAGUCAAUGAAGAAAAUCUCAACCGAAUCCUCAAAGAGAGAAGAAAAAAUGUUAUUGGCUGGUACCGGUUCCGCAGGAACACGCAGCAGCAGAUGUCGUUCAGGGAACAGGUGAUCCAUAAGCAGCUCACGCACAUACUGGGCAUCCCAGAUCUCGUCUUCCUUCUCUUCAGCUUCAUCUCAACAGCCAACAGUUCAACACAUGCACUAGAGUAUGUUCUCUUCAGGCCCAACAGAAGCAGGUAUAAUCAGAGGAUAUCUUUGAGCAUCCCAAACCUGGGCAACACGAGUCAGCAGGAGUAUAAAGUGUCUUCUGUCCCCAACACCUCCAAGAACUACGCCAGUGUUAUUAAAGAGCAUGGAGCUGAGUUUUUUGACAAGGAUGGAGUGAUGAAAGAUAUUCGAGCCAUUUUCCAGGUGUACAGUGCCCUUCAGGAGAAAGUGCAGGCUGUUUGUGCGGAGGUGGAUCAAAGCGAACGAGUGAAGGAGAAAAUCCAGGAGGAAGUUAAAAAGCUGAAAGAGGAGAUUGCUCUCAGAAAACGUAGCACUGCUGCAGAGGAGAGGAGAAACCAAGAGUCUCUGAAUUCUGAUGUCCACUCGAUGCAGGACGACUCAGUUCUGUCUGAUCCAUCCCCUCCUUCGCUGACACGCGUGGCUCUCCAGAGCCCGCCGCUGGAGCCGAGCCUAGAUUGGCAUGCAAACUCUGAGCCUGCGGCACUUUACACCAAUGAGCUGGCACCCGACACACCCAGUGCCAUCCUGCUGCCCCGCCCCCAAGCCGUGGGCUCGCCUGGACAUCCCUCACCUAGUCCAGGCAUAGGCAUGGGCAACGGAGACGGCUCCAGCUCCGACUCUCUAAACCGGCACACCAUUGGCCAGGAAGACCAUGAUGACGAUGAAGAUGAGGACAGUAGUGAAUAUGAGAACUUGGUUAGCGAGCAGUUUCAGUCCCCUCAUUUGACUGAAUCUUUAGGACGGCCGGCCACACUCUGGCCUGACGGAGACGCUCGUAGCUCCAGUGGCUCGUCCUGAUCCAGCACCCGAAUCAGGGGAGAAAAGGACAAAUGGACAGAGCUAGGCAUUAUGGUAAAAGUGAGAGAAGGAAGGAGAGGGCUGAGAAAGAGUGGCAGGUGACCACUGUAUCUUGCUGCAGGACGGCAGCAGGGGAAAAUCCCUUAUUCACACCCGCCAUUUUGACCACGUUAACUGGCCUCUCUCUCUCUCCUGCUUUCUCUCUCCUGCUCUCUCUCUCUCUCGCUCUUGAUUGCUCGCUCUCUCUCUCUCUCUCUCUCUCUCUCUCUCUCUCUCUCUCUGUCUCUCUCUCUCUUUAUCAUCUCCUCACCUCUCCCUGAGAGGAGAGACGUCAUCCCACAUAUCGAUUACUUAUAAGCACUGCUACCAACCUUGAUCAUGCGAUUAUUAGCAUUUACCUCUUGCACUAUUUUUGGCCUUCUCUCAAUCCACCUUCAAGUAGAAAAAGCAAAGGGAACGAUGUCUUCUGCGGCCUUCAAAAAUCCUCUCCAUGUGAGCUUUCUUGCCACCGUCAUUUGUUUUUCAGUAUGACUUCACAAAUCUGACUCAUUUUAUCCCCAACUCAUAAAAACUGAACUUUUGCUCUACAGUAUCAGGUUGUUCUUUUUUUUUUUGUUUUUUCUUUUUUUUUUUUUGCCUCUAUGGAAAGUACCAAAAAAAGGACACUUUGGCCAUUUAUGUUACUUUGAUUAGGGUUGCUUAUAUUACUUACAAAUACAAAUUAAUAAUACCAUUUGAUUUGAUUUCAAGUGAGAACGUUUCCCUAAAUGAACAGAUCUUUUAUGUUCAUCUGCACUUUUCAUUGUACUUUAUAAGAAUCCUAUCAGUCAUAUGGUUGGAGUAAACGUCUCUCACUUCCAUGCCACUGAACUCCAGCUUGUUGUGUGUUAAACUGAAGAGGGCGAACACAAAGCCUUCACAAACCUUUCAAUCUCAGGAUUCUUUUACAGCAGCUUGCUUAAUUCCAUCUCAGUCCUUGCCCUUAUGGCUUUGGUGCAAAUACAAAAACUGGACGUGUCAAAGCAGCGGAGUGGUACAUUUAUCAAGCUCACCUUUCUGUUGUGAAGUGAAGCUUCUCAAAGGUGGAUGUGAAAGGUUGGUAAACAGUUAUCAGAAUGUUGAACUUAAACUCAGAUUUACUUCCUUAACGUGAAACAAAUGCCACAUCAACAUUGUGCAUUUAUAAAAUGGAAACAUGAUUUGUUUUUGUUUGUUUUUUUUUUUGUUUGUUUUUUUAUUCUGCAAAGUUUAACUUUAAGCUUUUGAUUUGCUUCGCCUUACUUGAUCUGACAGGAAGUGGCCUGUCUUAACGGUGCAUUCGUUCCAUGCUUAGGGAAUAUUGCAUAAAUUUCUCUUAACAAUAA